CCAGCUGUAUGCCAAGCGCCGCUUAGCUCUGGGGCCACAAAGACGGCCGAGGAUCCCUGCCCUCGAACGGGAGAGACCAGGCACAGAGAGGAGGAGGCGGGGAAGGGGGUUGUUGAUAGAGCCCUGCGGCGGCUGGGCAGUGGGCUGAGGAGGUCGGGGCUUCCCGGUUGAUUUCCCCUUGCGGAGGGAUGAGUCCUGGAGCUGAGGGAGCCUGGCUGGGAGGUGACGAGAGGAGGGGCGCAGUCUGGGAGUCCCGGGGCUCCGAGAGGCUGGCUGGUGAGAGGUUCCAGAGUGCUGGGAGUCCGAGGGGUUCAAAGAAAGCGGCCUUCCAGAGCUCCCUGACCCAGGCUGGGUUUCCAAGACCCUAGCCAUUUGAGGGCCCCUCAAUCCCAAGGUGGCCCUGAGAUUGGAGGAUUAAUGACAUCUGGCAAUUCCACCGAAUAAUUCCGCUUGAUAUCUCCUGGAGCAUUUCUGGACGUGGCUCCAUUUCCACCAGCCUGCUGUUUACCUUGACGCUAUUUCCUCGUGCUUAUCAGCCUCGUGUUUACCUCUGGAAUCACGGUGCCUGCCCCAGGCAAAGGGGAGCUAGCAUGGGGCAGUGACUCGAUCUGGCCUUGGAGGGCCAUGAGACGGAGGGGUGUGCUGGUCUCUGAGUCAGGAAGACCUCAGCUGUGUGACUCUGGAGAAGUCACUUAAUUCAGCCUUAGUUUACUUUUCUGUAAAAUGAAGAAAAUAGUACCUACUUCACAGUGAUACUUCACAGGAUCAAAAGAGGUAUUGCAGGAUGUUGUGCCAAAACCACCAUCGCACCUUUGGAUCGAGUGAAGAUAUUGUUACAGGCGCAUAAUCACCAUUACAAACAUUUAGGAGUGUUUUCUGCAUUGUGUGCUGUCCCCAAAAAGGAAGGCUAUCUUGGGUUGUAUAAAGGAAAUGGAGCAAUGAUGAUUAGAAUCUUUCCAUAUGGUGCAAUUCAAUUUAUGUCCUUUGACCAUUAUAAAAAGUUAAUUACCACAAAACUUGGGAUUUCUGGACAUAUACACCGGCUAAUGGCUGGCUCCAUGGCAGGUAUGACAGCAGUCAUCUGUACUUAUCCACUUGACAUGGUUAGAGUUCGCCUGGCCUUCCAGGUGAAAGGAGAACACACAUACACAGGAAUUGUUCAUGCAUUCAAAACAAUAUAUGCAAAGGAAGGUGGCUUUCGUGGGUUUUACAGAGGACUGAUGCCUACUAUUGUAGGCAUGGCUCCCUAUGCAGGGGUUUCAUUUUUUACUUUUGGUACCUUAAAGAGUGUUGGUCUCUCCCAUGCUCCUACCUUACUUGGAAGACCUUCAUCAGACAACCCUAAUGUCUUAGUUUUGAAAACGCAUAUAAACUUGCUUUGUGGUGGUGUUGCUGGAGCAAUAGCACAGACAAUAUCUUAUCCACUUGAUGUAACCCGUCGUCGAAUGCAAUUAGGGACUGUUCUCCCAGAUUCUGAAAAGUGCCUUACAAUGUUGAAGACGCUGAAGUAUGUCUACGGACACCACGGCAUCCGCAGAGGACUCUAUCGGGGCCUAUCUCUUAACUACAUUCGCUGUGUUCCCUCCCAGGCCGUGGCGUUCACAACCUACGAGCUCAUGAAGCAGUUUUUGCACCUCAACUGAAGUCACAUUUUUCCUUAAGAAACUGUCCAGGGCCAGACACAUGUAUAUCUGUUAUAUAAACACUUAUAAUGUUUUACGUUUCUUUUGGCAGUGGAGGGGAGGGGGUGUGUAUGUGUGUGGAUUAAGUGAAGUGGAAAAUCACUCUGUGACUGCAAGCCCUGGCACUUGUUUUUGUUGUUGUUGUUGUUUUUUAAGCCAGAAACCAGAAGUGCUUCCUGUUGUUUUCUGAUGCCAUAAUUUGUGGUUUCCUGAUAUAAAAUACGUCCUUAGGCCGACUCUGGAUGUUUUAUUAAGUUAAUCAGUUUCAUUAAAAUAACUAAAUGGUCUGAGAAACCAAUGAAAGAUUCAUUGGUGGCCAUUACAGGUUUUCCAAGAUUUACUCUUAGCUUUAUCAUGUUCUUCCAAGCUUUUUUAGUAAUCAUGGCAAGAAAAAGAAUCCCAGCCUUAUGCUGACCUUAAUGAAAAAUUAUGCUGGAUUUUAAAAUGAACUGAGUUCAUUUUUUUUAAAUAGAUUUAAUAAUUUGUGAUUAUUAUAGCAAGAACGUAUAUUGCAAUUUUAUCUUGCUCCGUUGGGUAAGUGCAUUGUACAAGCCACCACUGAAAAGGUGAUAAUUUGUGGGUGGUGGUAGUGGUGGUGACUGAUCUUGUCAAAAAUAAUACAAUGUACCAUGGGAUAAAAAUGUUAUUUAAAAUAAAAUUAUAAAUGUGACAUAAAUAGUGACAAUGAUUCAGAAGCUAGGUAAGCUUACUUGCAGGUGUUAUAAUGACAAAAAGUUCUGAUACUGUGGGGUAUUUUACAUACUUUUUUUAUAAAAGACAACCUAUUUUUAAAUGCACUUAGAAGGAAUGUGAGUAUAAAAAACAGACUAGCCCUGAGAGGUUUUAUUUGUAAAAGUGGGUUGGUUUAUGACUUCUGUUACACAAGAUGUGUAUAGGCAGACUGAAAGCAUUCCCGUUAUUGUCAGUGUAUGGAUCAAACGGUAUUUACUGUGCUUGUAUAUACAUUAGAAUAAUAUGUGCAUUAAUAUAUACUGUAUCAAAAUGUUCUUCCACGAGAGAGACUUCUGUUGUGUAAAUUUAUUUAAUGGAGAUACUGAAUAUAAUUUCCAGUGAUCUGUUGUUUAAAAACAA